AUGGCGUCGGCUCUGGUUCCAAGAUUAGUAUUUUCAAUUGAUCGGAUUCUGGGUUCGGAGCUGGAAAGACCGGGAAACUGUCGAAAGCUCCACAGACCGUGGACAGAGGUCGGAGCAGAGAAGGAGAACAGAGGAAACACCCUCGGCUCUAAACAACAACAACAACACAUGACUUCUCACAGGUCGACAUCCAACUGGUACGUCGGACGCAGACCACGCACUGCCUUCACCAGCAGCCAGGUGAAUGUCCUGGAGACAGUGUUUCAGGUGAGCUGUUACCCAGGCAUCCAGCUGAGGGAGCAGCUGGCAGGGAGACUCAACCUGGACGAGGACCGAAUACAGAUCUGGUUUCAGAACCGACGAGCCAAAAUGAGGCGUUCACUCAGAGAAACCCGUCUGCGGCUGGUCCAGACGGCCGUGGCCGACCUCGGGGUCAGACCCCAGGUCGAAGGUCAACUGAAGGUCAAAUGUGACGUAGGAGAGGAAGACCUGGAGCGACUCGCCUCUCAUCUCUAA